GGAAACGGCGUAUGCUUGUAUACAACCCUGAUUUCCAUUUUUUUCCCAACUCGUAAUGUAUUUAAUUCAAGUGAAACGUAAUCAUGACGUGUCGUGUCAUUAAUCUCCUCGCCGCCUCUCCCACAAUUACAGGAGGAGGCUGCCACAGAACUGUGUCCCCCCUCAGCAGACACACAAAAGAAUGGCAUAACAUCACACACAAUGCUGAGGAUGGAUUCUCCACCAGAGUUUGUGUUGUCUCUUUCUUGUGAGCAGAACCAGUCACCCCCAACACUGCCAUCUCUGGACCGCCCCCAGACCUCCUCUCCUCACACUCAGCUCUCUCUCCCUAAUAGCCCUGUUGUCCUGCCAAUUCACAGCCCCGAACCUUCCCCCCAGAGCCCGGACACUACGCCUUAUUUCCCCCUCUCUCCAUUCCCCCUCCACGAGGGUAGUAACAACAAUCACCAUGAUGCUGAUGAAGAAGAUGACGAGGAAGGGCUGGAUGGAGUUCCCCCGUCCCCAAUGCCAGCAGUGGCUUUGUUUCCAGGAGGAGGGGGACAAGAAGCUGGAUGCAGCCCUUGUUUGGACUCCUCUCCACCAGACACACCAUCAGCACCAUUACUUGGUUGCGGUGCCCUGGAGUUGGCCCUCUCUUCAGGACAGAGUGGAAACUGUAGUGAUGAACUAGACCUCCAGCUGUUCCAGAAAGAUACUGUUACCAGGGCCACACCUGGAGUUGGAGGGGCCUCUUCAGGGCCUGCACUCAGGUAUCCCUGUCAUGUAUGUGGAAAGAGAUUCAGAUUCCAAAGUAUUUUAUCUCUUCAUGCACGAGCUCACAGUCUGGACAGAGACAGACGAGCUUCAGCUCUAUACAGGACCGGGCUCCCCUCAGCUCCCCUAAAGCAGCACCUCAAAAUCCAGCAGAACCACAAAGACCUAAUUCAGAAUCACAGAAGUCACCCAAACCAGCUACUGCCAGGGACUCUCAUCCAGCAUCUCACAGAAGAGGAUGAAGUCAAUGGUGAGGUCAAAGGCCUCGAUGAUGGACUACAGACAGAUCAGAACCCCAGCUUUUUACUGGAUGACAGCACACCCUUGACCCCUCCACUGACAGAGGACCCUGUGUCCGUGACCUCUCCCUAUUCUUCAGCCACCGGGGAGGGUGUAUCUCUUUCCAACACGCCUACAUUUCGGUGCCAUGCCUGCAAAGGAAAAUUCCGUACAGCUUCUGAGUUGGCACGGCAUGUCCGCAUUCUCCACAACCCAUAUAAAUGCACUCUUUGUCCUUUCUCCGCCAGCCAAGAAGAAAGCCUGGCAUCUCACUUACAGGAGUGCCACCCUUCCCCUGAUGUACCUGCUCUUCCACCAGCCUUCAGUUCAAGGCCCAUCAUCGCAACCCCUGACACCCCAGUACCCACGCCGACCCAUACCCCAGCCCCAAUCCCAAGUAACCCUCAGCUGACAUCAGUUGCUGCAGUGGGCGGGUCUUCCUCACUGCCAGCAUUCCGCUGUGACACUUGUGGACAGCGAUUUACGCAGUCUUGGUUCCUGAAGGGACACAUGCGAAAGCACAAGGACUCCUUGGACCAUAAGUGCCAGGUAUGUGGCCGUGGCUUCAAGGAGCCUUGGUUCCUCAAAAACCACAUGAAAGUUCAUCUCAACAAGCUUGGCCUCAAGGCUGGGCUGGGAACCCCUGGGGGCGCUGAGCUGCAGUCUAAAAGCUCUCUCAACGCCCUCUACUCAAGUCUCCUCCUGACUCAGCGAGGAGGUGGUGGCAGGGGAGGACAAGGGAGAUCAGACAGAGAAACUGGUGGAAGAAUUGGGAUGGGUUUGAGUAAGUCAGCCAUCCUGGGCUAUCUGGGUUUGCCCAGUGAUGGCAGUGGGGCUAGCUGCAUGGAGAGACUUCAAGCAGUUGCUCAAGUAGCAGAGAUGGGAAAUGGUGGUGGCAGUGGCACCCCAGGAGGAGCAGACUCAGGAAGAGGAGGGGGAACAACCAGAGCAGGGGUAACAGGGGAAACUACAGCAACAGUUUCAGAAGGAGGGGAUCAGGCAACUUGGUGGCAGUUGGUGGCUCGCAGUCUGGCAGUAGCUCAUCAACAAAGGCCUCAUCAGCGAGGACAGCAACAAGGACAACGAGGUCCAGGACGGAGUUCAGUGAUCACAGAGGCUGAUCAAGUCAGAGCCUACCUUGGAGGCCUGGAUCCGAGAGAAGAGACUGGAGGACCAGGAGGGCCGUGGGAAUGCCCAGACUGUGGAAAGCUGUUCCGCAGUCUACAGCAGGUGGUAGUUCAUGCUCGAGUUCACACACAGCGGCCCCAGAAAGGAGGUGGUAGCGAAGAGGAAGGCAGCAGUAGUCAUAGAGGAGUGGGGCUGGGAAGAGAGGGUAGUGGUGAAGGGAGACAAGAAUCUCAGCUACACAGUGGUGGAUCCCAACAAAUGGAAGAACUGAGACAGGAAUCAAAAUUGAUCAGCGGUGGAUCACAACAAGUAGGAGCGGCUACAGGGUUUCACUCUGUCAUCUCGAGCCUCAAAGGAGAAAAUGGGCUGACAACAGUCUCCUCCAUACCUUCAGUUCCCACCAGGGAGCGAGUGCGUGGUAGAGGGAUAAAAGACUGCCCCUACUGUGGCAAAGCCUUUCGCUCUUCACAUCAUCUCAAAGUGCACCUCAGAGUUCACACAGGUGAGAGACCCUACAAAUGCCCCCACUGUGACUAUGCGGGUACUCAAUCUGGCUCUCUGAAGUACCACCUCCAGCGGCACCACAGGGAGCAACGCAAUGCCUUAUCAGCUGCCUCAAAUUCCUCCUCCUCUGGUCUCACCUCCACUAUCAACAGUCUCACCUCUGGAACCUCUGGAUUGGUCAAGCAGCGCCGAUCUCAACUCAACCACGGCCCGGUCAACCGGGUUCCAACAGACACCUCCACCUCUCGACACAGCCAGCAGUCUUGGCUCCUGGGACUUCCAGACCAGCGGGAGCAUCGAAAGGCCUUAGCAGCUCUAAGGGAUGUCGACUUGGAGACCCAGUACAGGUACCUGUCUGGAGUAAUGGGCGCACUUUAUCAAGGUGGAAUGGAAGGAGGCUGGAUCAGGGAGUCUCCUCCACCAAAGGCGCCUAAAGUGUCACGGCGCAAGCCCCUUACUACAAGCCGAAUGGUUCAGCCAUCAAGUGACAAGGAAGUACCUGUGCCAUCAACUCAUGAGGGUGGGUUUGAGCCGCUGGAUCUGUCCCGUCGCACUUCACCUGGUCUUGGAGGGAUGGAGGAUGAUGUUGGUGUGAGUGUAAGAGAAGGGGGUGAUGAUGCUGCAGAGGAUAGUUCAACAGGGGUCAAAUUGAGCCAGUGUUUGUUUUGUCCUUUUCGAACAUCGUCAGCAGAGCUGAUGGCCAUGCAUCUCCAGGUCAACCACACCAGUAAGUCCAGGCGCAAAAGAAGCUCUUCAGUUAUCUUGGAUGAUGAUGGAACCUCAAAGGCCACAAAGCCAAGGAUGGGUCACUCCAACCUCGACCCUCUGACAAUAUGGAGGCACUUAAGUGAGGGAGAGUCCCAAGCCCCCAUGGGGGAAUGGUCCUCAACUCAGGCCCAGACCCUUAAUGGUCUCACUGAGCAUACAGCAGAACAUCUGGCCGAUGCUUUUGAACACCCAAACUCCAUGUCCUCAGUAUCAACGAAUGUAACAGAUGGUCCAGCACUCAAGGGCAAAAUUGAUGGAGAGAAAGAAGACCAAGAAGAGGAAUUUGAAGAGAAUUUGGAGAACAGCAGUCUGGAGGAUUCACAAGACCAGGAUCUGAGGAUGUCCCUCGCUCUUUCACCAGCCCUGAGCUCUAACCACGUGGCAGGGGAGGAGGAAGGAGUCUUAAGAGAUUAAAAUGUGUUGAAUGACACCACUUAAAUUGGAGUUUUGGGUUCAGUUUUUUUUCCAACAAAUUUUGACACAGAAUUGAAGAAAGGGCAGAAAGCAUUGCAGAGAGAGAAGUUGUUUAUGGUUAAUGGAGUUUUGCCCAGUGAUACCUUCAUUUCUGGGCAGUCAUGAGGAGUCUCGACAGAGAGGGAAACCACAACUGUGAUGUUUCCUCUGUCAUUAUUUGUCUACUUGAGUUCAGACUUUGUGGUUCGCCACAAAAUAUGGUUAAAAAUUCCUGUAAAAAGAGAGCAUGGAUGCAUCUUUUCAGGAUUUUGUAGGCCACGUUUUUCUAUUUGUUUUUCAAACUUCACUGAAAGAUGGGUGAUUUUUACGAUGAUCUCCAAUUUGAUAAUGGAAAGAUCAAGAUCCUGCAUCAUUCUAGAGUCAUGCAUUUAUCCCACACUUAUAAUGGACUGUAAGUCCCAGACUACUACGCUGAUCGUGCUGAAGCCAGCUGGGACUAGAUGCUAUCCUGACAGACCACUGAACAGCUUCAGGUUCCUCCUCAAACUACGACAAAAAGACAUGGAGGAAACUUUAGUCUAGAAAAGUUUCAAGCUGCAAACCUCAGCUAAGCUAUUCUUUAUUAAUUUAAGGCAUGAGGCAACUGCUGCAGGCUGCGUGCGUUCCUUCAACUAGGUAUCACUGCCUUGUUUGUCAGAAAAGUGUUUCUUGAUAACUGUCCUAAAGAAAAACAGAAAGUUUGUAAUAUUUUUGUUUGUUUGUUUUCAGUUAGUGCCUGUUCAUGUAUGUUGUUGAGAGACUCUCUGGUAUCCCUGCCCAUCGAGGCUCUGAUAGAUCGUUCAUUUUAUCUGAAUAUACAGUUUAAAACAAUUUAAGUACAAUAUAUUUGUUAAAAGUGGUUCUAGGGUGUUGUGAAUAGUUCAGUUGUAAAAGAAAUGCUACAUCAUAGUGUAAUGUCCUUGACACAGACUGUAGCUGUUUGUGACUCAGCUUGAAAAGAACAACAACAACAAAAAAAAGUAUGUGAUAUAAUGUGAGGAAAGGUCAAAAGCUGAGUGGUUAAAAAAGGCGGUCAGAGUUCAAAAUUCAGUGUUUACAGUGGUAGCGGUUGUUGGUUGGGUUUUGCAAAUGCACAGAGCAAGAGUCUGUGUGAGGGCUGAAGGGGCGACGCUUGAGCUCCUGAAUACAAUCAACUGACACAUUGUUUUAAAGAGACUAAGACUGUGUCACAAAAAAAGGAAAAUUUUAACUUUUUAACAAGGUAGAGAACGAUGAAGAAAGCAGUCUAGCUGCCAGGCAGGACUAAAUCUAAGAGACAAACUGUACUUUUGGGUUACGGUGUGUUUUAGAUGAGUAGAUUCCCUCUCUUCUUCUUUUUUUUUUUUUAUAAGAAAAGACAAUGGUAGGAGUAAUUAUUAAAACACUAACAAACGCAUAGGCAUCCCAGUAGAAUAUGUGUAGCUUUUGUAAAGAUGAGAAAAAAAGCCGACUUUUGUUUAUUUUCAUUUCAAGAUGCUUACAGAAAAAGGUUAUCAAUAUAGGUGAUACUGAUUAUAAUGUUUGUGAGCUAAGACUAGUUGGAAUGUCUAUACAGAGCACUGUGCAAGUUUUUUGAGUUCCCAAAGUAGUUGUUUUCAUUUUGACUUUAUCAAUAGACCAAACGUUUUUGUCAAUGGCAGGUGUCACUUUUGGUUGUCAUUUUUAAGUGUGUAAAUGUGUGGUUUCAGUAGAUUUACCCCAUCGAUUAACAAAAUCAGUCAGUUAGGUUGUCAUUGUAUCAAAUAUCCAACCACUGAACUGGCAGUUAAAUGAAAAAAAGAAGAAAAAAAAAAGAAACACGUUUUUUUGUGGGAAAAAUCCAGUAAACAUUUCCUUUUUCUAGUCUGAAGGUAUAUUUAUGAAUGUGAGGCAUUAAUAUUCUCUUACACUGGUUAACAGCCUCUAUUUAUCUGCUAAGAGUCAAAUUGAUGGGGUAAUUUAUGAUUGUGACCACGCUUUAAUGUGCAUUAAUGUGUUUAAGUUCCCUGUUUAGAGCACCUUAUGAGUUUUGUAGUGAAAGUCCCUUAGUGGUGUCUCCUUUAACAACUACUGUCAAUGCCACCGUGCCUUCUGUUUCAAGCACUUCCUGGUAUAUUUUGUAAAACUCACCAAAAGCACUUAGCCUAUAUCUACACACUCUCUUUCCUCUUUCCUAUUCCCGUCCAACACAUCAGCCCAUUCUCUUCAUCUUCUUCUCCUGUGUUCACCUCCUGAUCCCUCUCUCCCGGUGUUCUUUUUUUUUUUUUGCCAGUUUUUUCUCCUGCUUUUCAGGCCCAUUGGGCCUUAAACAAGGUCACUAGGCCUUACAUUCUAGCAUGGCUAGACUCUUAAUAGAAUGGACUACCUACUCUUAGACAAGCAAAAAUUGUUGUAGAAGUAGGGUUAGAGAACUUUUGGUCUUAAUACUAACCCUUGGUAAACCAAAGCCCAAGUCUAAGAUGAAUUUAUGUUGUAUUUAAUCUCAUGAGGUGCCAAAACAUGUCUGAUGUGACACUAAAGCAAAUACACUUGAGGAAACAAAAUAAUUCACCUGUGCCCCCCACCCCCACCGCCCCAUCAUGCUUGCUCUCCCUACAUGUCCUGCUCUCAUCUGUAAACCGUCUAUCUCUAGCACCACUUGAAGGUGACGUGUACUAUCUGGUAUUGAGGCCUUUAUUAGAUUUUUAUUUCAGUUUGUGUGGUGUUUGUUCAAUGCCGUUGAGAUGGAAAAAUGCUCUUAUAAUGAUAAGUAUUAUUGUUUUAGCAUUAUGGUUAAAAAAAAAAAAAAUCAAGAGAAAUGUGUUGUUGAAUGUUGUACAGAUAGCAUUAGAGAUGUUGUGUUUUUUUUAAGGAGAGCACAAACCUGAGCAAUGGCCCCUCCAGCUCCUCCCGCUGGCAGAUGGGAAUAAAAUGGCCUGCCAAUCAUCGUAAAUGUCUAAUGACAAAAAGUCCCUGAGCUGUGACAUAUUUUCAAAAGAAACAAAAGCAGCAUUCUUCUUUGAAGAUUUGAAUGGAAAAAAUGAAGCCAUUAUUUCCAAAUUGGUCGCACAGGAAGAAAAAUCCUUUUUGCACCUGAGCCAAUCAUUUUAUUCUUUUGAAGGUGUAGUACAAUAGGAGUUAGACAAACACAAGCAUGGCUCUGACAGUGAGGCAAACCCAGAAAAACCAGGAAGAGCUUACCUGAAAACUGGUCAAAUGCAGCUUUAAACAUGGUUUUAGCAGUGGCUAUUUUCUCCACACCUUCCUACCGUUUCACUGAGGUGUAGCGGUUUCUUGUGUGACGUCACACGCACCUUGCGUGAGAGUUUUCUGCCAUAUUGGACGUGAUAUAACCACCAGUCAUGAGAGUAAAAACGUUUAUUCCCAGAUUGGUUGGUGGAGGUUGCUAGGUGAAAUUGGUCGCAAAGAGGGUGAAGAUCCUGUGGUUUCUUUGGUCACUAGAAAAUUGUUGUAGUUACCUGUACUUUGCAAGGAAGUUGGAGAAUUGUCUUGCUGAGUGGCAGAAAAGCUUGAAAAAGAGUUCAGCACAAAGCCAACACAUUUCAAAGGAUGCAGCUUUUGCUUUGAAAGCAAAAGGUCUCCUAUUCUGUUUUGUGUUGCACUUUUCACAGUUUCACUGCCAUUCGGAGAGUAGCUGGCAAGUGUGUGCCUACAAGGCAGCGUGUUUCACGCAAACAGUAGGCGACUGUAGCAGUCUUCUCGGAAUAAAGGUUUUCACUAACUAGUCAGGGAAUACAAUCCCUAGUGAGUGGUGGUUGCCAGAUAUUUGCAGCCUGGUCUCUAGGCCUGUGUGACUGGGGCCUUUUUGACUUGACCCUAUAUUGUCACACAUGCAAAAUGGCCGAAAAGUUAAAGUCAUGUUAGCAGUCAUAUUAUUAGUGGUCAAUGGUAUAUAUAUAUAUAAUCUGCUCUAGAGAUGUGCCUAGUUAGUGUAAGAAAUACUACUGCUGUUCAGUAAAACCAGUUAGAAUUGAUGCGUAUGAUAAUCUUCCUAUGCUAAAGCCUGCAUGUUGCACACCAGCAAAGUGGGAAGGUGGACAGAUGACAUGUUGUUUGGCAGUAUUUUGAUCUAGAAAAUAAAAAUAUGGUUGUGUCUAUCCUCUGUCAUAAUCACUAUCAGAGCACUGCACAACCACAUGUAGCACAGGCAAGGAAAGAAAGCUACUCAUGCUAGUACUGUUAAUGUUAGCUGCAGGUUAUUUAGUCUAAAUUUAAAAGUGUAGUUACUCAAAUAGGAAACUACAAGCAGCCCUACAUUGUUCCAUAGAUACUGACACAUCAAAAUAAAUAAAUAAAGAUUAUUUAGGCAAAAGGUGUGCACAGCUUCGCCUGUCUUAGCUGGCUUUUCUUUAUCAACGGGGCUAAACUCAGAAUACAAAUGGGAAAGUAUUUUAUUGCAUUUCCCCUUUUUUAGAGUAAUUCCCAGUUAGAAAUGCAGACAGAGUGAGCUCACAAUUUUACAAACUAUUCAAAUGUUCCCAAGAAGAUUGCUUGUGUUUGUCUGACUCUGAACUAAGUAAAAAAAAAAAAGAAGCUAAAAAUUCUGCUAAUUUUUGCACAAUUUUCAAUUUGAUCCAUUAAUAUUUACAAAUUGAUGUGAAACAGCACCUUAUCCCCUCACUGUGAAUCAAAAUAUUUCCCAGAAAGGAUACAUUUGUCACUCCAAAGGGUAUUGUUCAUUUAUGUAAUAUGACAAAUCUUUUGUGAGGUGAGGGGGACCAUGCUGGGUUUGGGCUCUUGUGUAGUUGACUGCCAUUGCAGUGAGGGAAAACUGACCUAACAUAGUAGUGACUAAUAUAACUUUGUGGACAGGUAAAAAAAAAAAAAAAAAAAAAAA